AUGUUCAGAAACGCUUUGAGUUCACAAUCAUUUAGAUCUACCAUCAUGUCUGCUAAAAGAUUCAACUCUUCAAUUACCCCUGUUAGAACAUCACAAGCUCCUCCACCAGCCGCCUCUUACUCACAAGCUGUCAAGGCAAACGGGUUCAUCUACGUUUCCGGCCAAAUUCCGUACACCGCUGACAACAAACCAUUACCAGAGUCGUCUUCAAUUCAAGAUUAUGCCGAACAAGCCAUUCAAAAUGUUUCUGCUAUUUUGGAAGCUUCAAACUCGUCAUUGAAACAUAUUGUUAAGGCCAACAUUUUCUUGACUGAUAUGAAAGCUCAAUUCGGUGAAUUCAAUCAGGUUUAUGCCAAGUACUUUAACGAACACAAGCCAGCUAGAUCUUGUGUAGCUGUGAAGGAAUUGCCAUUGGGUGUUCCAUUGGAAAUAGAGGUUGUUGCCAUUGAGAGAGAUGAUACCAAGUUAUAA